GCUGUGCAGGGCGGUCCGCGAGCUCCUGUUGUGCGCCUGCGCAGCCCCGGGUCUGGCGGGCAAUAUGUUUCUCUCCCGGCGUCGCGUCUCGCGAUCCCUGGCUUCUGGCUGAGAUCAGAGAUUGAGUGGAUCGCCGCUCGGCCCCGAGUGGGCCCUUUGCUCCCGGACCCGCGGGAAAGUGGGGAUCCUGACGUCGGAAGCAGGCAGAAGAGGCGUAAAGGAUGGCCUCUUCGGAUCUGGACCAAAUAUGCUUUCAUAUUAAUGAAAAGAUUGGCAAUAUUAAAAAGUCUCUGUCAUUAAGGAACUCUGGUCAAGAACCUAACUCAAAGACUAUAUUAAAUAAAAUAGGAGAUGAGAUCAUGGUAAUAAAUGAACUUCUAAAUAAAUUGGAAUUAGAAAUUCAAUUUCAAGAACAAACUACCAAUUCACUCAAGGAACUCUGUGCGUCUCUUGAAGAAGAUUAUAAAGAUGUGGAGCAUCUCAAAGAAAACAUUCCUCCCCAUUUGCCUCAAGUAACAGUGACCCAGAGCUCUGUUAGCGUAUCGGAUCUUGACUCUGAAGAACCUGCCAAAGUUGAGGAACCUGGAGUCACAAAGAAGCCCUGUAAAGAGCAAAGGAAUAUUAAAGAAAUGCCAUUUAUAACUUCUGAGGAGUUCAGUGGCAUCCCUGCGUACAUGAAAUCCCGCUUAACCUAUUGUCAAAUUAAUGAUGUUAUUAAAGAAAUCAACAAGGCAGUUGUUAGUAAAUAUAAGAUCCUACAUCAACCAAAAAAGUCGAUGAGUUCUGUGGCCAGAAAUCUCUAUCACAGAUUCAUUGAUGAAGAAACAAAGGAUACCAAAGGUCAUUAUUUUGUAGUGGAAGCUGACAUAAAGGAGUUCACAGCUUUGAAAGUUGACAAGAGGUUUCAUGUUAUACUGAAUAUCUUACGACACUGCCGGCGGCUGUCAGAGGUCCGAGGGGGAGGACUCACCCGAUACGUUAUAACCUGAGGCCCUUUGAGCCUUUGAACCAGCCAACAGUAGGGUAUAGAGGCUAUUCCUAUAGUGUCCUUAUAUGUAAUUUAAAAAUAUAUAUAAUUUAUCUUUUCUUGUUUCUUAUACAAAUAAAACUUCUUUAAAAUAAAGCAUAUAGGAAAAUGGGAGUUAUCUGUAAUACUAUCAACAAUAAAAAAUAUGUUAAAAAGUAAAUAAAUAAAGCAAAGCAUAUAAUCCUG